AUGGCACCUUCAGCAGAUAUCUGGUUGCUUCGACACAACAAUGAUUUCUCGGCCGCAGAUGCAUUACCCUCAAAAUCCGGCAUCACCACCCAAGUCCACGAGGUCACAGAGGCCACCCUCAACCCACAACCAAACACACUGGUCCUCAACCCAGCCUUCGUAACCCAGGACUUCGACGCUCUUCGCUUCCACGCCGCGGCCUCCAACCAACUCCCCUCCGCGGCCUCCUACCCAUCAUCGCCCGCCUCAAACAGCGGCUCGGGCUCGGAUUCCUCGCCCUCACCGGCAUACUCAACAAAUCUCAUCUCCUCUCCCUACAACAAUGCUGGCCAUUAUUUGGAUCUCACGGCCGUUUCUGAGACGGCGAGAUUGUUUGCUCUAGCACUUACAAGUCUGAAACCGAGGAGGGAGGACUAUGCGACUGCGGCUUACACUGAAAGUCUGAACUUCGAGCGAGUGCUAGAGGUGCUAAGGGACCUAAUUAGCAGAGAAGGGACUGAGUGGAAAGAAACUUGUUUCUACGUUGUGGUGUUUAGGUCCAAGUUGAAUGAAGACGUGGACCAGGAGUGGCUGUACAAGUUGGACUACGAAUCGCACCGCGAAGCCUGCGAAAGCGGUGGACUGCUCAAAUACUGGUUCGGAAAGGCGGAUCUCGACGGCUCGCGCCGCAACUUAGCCACCUUUACGGUGGUGUUUUGCUUUGAGGCGCAAUGGAAUAGACGAGAAGGUCAGCAGCACGAACAGCUCACACCGGCUGUUGUCGGGAGGGAGUUUUUUCAAGCACAUAGAAUAGAAAUAUCUACUACAAACAAGUGGCUCUCCGCGAACCUGUACAUCUCCACGAGCCAGCGUUGCGCGCAAACUCGACGCGACGCCUGCGCAACAGCGCACGAGAACAAUAGCUCUUUAGGGAACUCGCCCUCACCGCGCAUACUUUGGUCGAAAAUGGCGCGCAAACAAGCGAGCGCGCCGAAGCGCCAAACGAAGAUCAACUUCUCCCCGGCUGCGAAAUGCUCGCCGGCGAAGACUACGCCCACGAAAACAACGGGUUCCUCAACCUCCAAGUCCCAAAGGCAGUCCAAGAUCGACACUCACAACAUCACGCGGAAAGGCAGGCCGAAACGAGCCCCGAAACAAGCGCUUGCCUACGACUCGAGCGAGGAUGAGCUGCAGAUCGAGGAAGACAGGAGUAUGCGCGUCGGCCUGCCAGUGAGAGCUAGGGGCAACGGCAUAUUUGGCAGCUCGGAGUCGGAGAGCGAGGCGGAGAGCGAGGCGGAGAAGCCAGUGAAGGCGAAAGCGACAAGAGGGAGCCGGAAGCGGCAGCGCGCAGCGAGCAGCGAUGGAGAGAAGGGUACGGUCACAGUCCUACAGAGGAAGCGAGCACGGCAGGCCGAGUCUGCGGAAGAGGACGACGACGAGCUGAGACUGCCCGGCAAGCGACGACGAGUCGAGCGGCGAGAAGCAACUCCCGAGGACGAGAGCGAGGAGAAGAUAGCCACACCGCCCCGAAGUACGCGACGCAGACUGGCAAAGCGGCCUGCGACGCCAGGGGAGGAAGAGGAGCAGACGCCGCCGAGAAGCACGAGGCGGAGGGCGAGAAGGCAGCAGGCAUCGUCGGACGAGGAAGAAGAGGGACAGGAGGAAGGCGGUGAAGCAGAUAGUGGCGAUGCUGAGGAGCAGGAAGAGCUGAAGGAGGAGCUGGCAUUCUUGCGAUCGUCGCCACUGCCAGACAGAGGCAGGCUGCGGAGCGCAAACGACAAGCCCAAGAACAAGCGACAGGAGGCGCUCGAAGCGCUCAAGAGGCGACGAGCUGGCAGCACACAAGAGCCCUCGUCCACCCCGGCCCGCAAAACACGCACUGUCGUCGAGUCUGACUCCGACUCUGGGCUUGAGAUCAUCAAGGAGGAGCCGGACAGCGACGAAGUGGGCGACCCUGAGAGUGCGGUUGAGGAGGACGAGGAGGACGAGGAGGACGAGGAAGACCGAGAUGCAAAUGCGCUGGACAUGUUCCAGGAAGACGAGGACGACACAGGCUUCAUCGACGACGACCCGGACGCCAUAAUCGGCGAGCCAGACGACGACCAGCCGCAGCUGCCCAUGCAGUUCAGCAGCAUGUCGCGCGCCAAACCCAAAGAACUCUUCAAGUACGCCGUCGAGUGGAUGGUCAUGAAGAAGAUCCACCCCGCCUUCAACGCCACCGACGAAAUCUACGAACUCACCUUCCGCAAACUCGGCGACGAAGUAAAAGGCCUCGCCUCCUCAAAAUUCACCUCCUCGGCCUGGACACCCGACUUCACCAAAGCCAUCAACGCGCGGCCCGAACUCGUCAUCAGUGAGAUCGGCGGUUCGCGACGAGACUUCCUGAACGACCACUGCGAAGCGUGUAACCGCAAAAACCACCCCGCGACCUUCGAGCUCUCGCUCACGGGCCAGCCCUACAACCCCGAGUCCCUCGAGCCGCUUGAACCCGACGAUUCGGACUCGAGUGACGACUCGGACAGCCCCGCGUCCUCUCUCAGCGCUGAUGGCGAGACAAACCUAAACGGCGAGAAACCCACCUACGACUUCCGCGGUGAGCGCAUCCCGCCCGAAUCCAAAACCUUCACGCUUGGUAGCACGUGCAAAGCGAACGCACAAGUCGCACACACUUUGCAUCACUGGCGCUACCACCUCAACGACUGGAUCAAAGGGUAUCUCGAGAACAAUGGGUAUUUGACGCCGGAGAAGCUGGUUAAGCGGGACAAGAAGAGUGGUCGCAAGAGGGAGAAGGAGGCGAGGAGGAUUGUGGAUGAGAUGGAGAAGAAGGGCGAGAUUAGGAAGUUGCACCACUUGUACAAAGAUCAAGUUAGGUUUGCGGUUGAGGCUGUCAAUGACUUCAAGAGAGGAUGGGGCAAGAGGUGA